AUGUUCUACAUGCAGCUGCUUAUGAAUAAGCGUGGGCCUUUGGCCAAGAUAUGGCUGGCUGCUCAUUGGGAUAAGAAAGUCACAAAAGCACAUAUAUUUGAAUGCAACUUAGAGACUACUGUUGAAAAGAUACUCUCCCCAAAGUUUAAAAUUGCUCUGCGAACUUCUGGACAUCUGUUGCUGGGAGUGGUGCGAAUCUAUCACAGAAAAGCUAAGUAUCUUUUGGCAGACUGCACUGAAGCUCUACUUAAAAUGCAGUCAACUUUUCGUCCAGGACUUGUUGAUCUCCCAAAAGGGAACUCUGAGGCAAAUUAUAAUGCCAUCACAUUGUGUGAAGAAUUCCAUGAUUUUGACACACAACUCCCUGAGGUGAAUGCCAUUGAUGUUGCCCAACAUUUUACCCUGAACCAGAGCAGAGCUGAGGACAUCACAUUGACUGAAGAGCAUUAUAGGCAGGAUGUGCUCCGUGGUGACAGUUUUGGUGAGGAAAUUGAAAUACCAAGGCAGCGUAGCUUCUUCAGUGACAGCUUAUUGUCUAGUUCCAAUAGCCUCUUGGUUGAUCACAGUUCUUUGAAUUUCACUGGAGACAAAACUGCAUGGGAUGAAGAUACAUAUGCAUUAAAGCAUGAUGGGUUUGGAGAUGAAGGAGUUGCAGGAGAUAUGAUUGAUGAUGUGCUUGGAACUGAGCAGAAUAGCCUCCUUGCAGUCUUUGACAUGGAGGAAGAAAUUCCUUUACUCCAAGAACUUCCAGUUGAUGAUACAGUUGACCAUCCCAGAUCUAAGGAGCAAGCAAAAAGUCUCCAACUUAAUGAAACUACAUUAUUGUCCAAUGGAGAAGAAGGCUUUGUGCUAGAACCAAUUGAUAAUACUGUUCACAUAAAGAAGCAAAGAGGGAAAAGGAAAAGGAAGUUACUUGUCGAUGCAGUGAAGGAGCUAAGCAGAACUACUAUGCAAAAGCAGCUUAUAAACUACAAUGAUACCUUGACCACAUUGGACAUUGCACCCCCAACAAGAAAACUGAUGACUUUACACGAGUUGGGUGGUGUGGACACACUUCUGAACAACCCUGCGCAGCCAUUAAUAAAUGGAGAGUUGCAAAUGCUAUUUGCUAAAAGUCUAAGGAAUAGAAGGAAAUGUUUGCAGCAAGAGGUUGAAGUGGAAGAACGAAGCAAAGAGAAAAAUGCCCACAAAUUGCCAAUAGCAGAAGGUCCAAAUAUUCUGCAGGAUACAGUUUAUCCAGAAACUCAGUCUAUGUUGCAAAACGGCAGUGACGAAAGGGGUAAUCAUGUAAUUUUUGAAGCUAUGGAAGCUGUCAAUAUAGUGUCGGCUUUGUCGGAUGGUUCUUUACUCGACUCCUCUGUAAGACGAGAGUCUGAGAGUGAGCAAAUUGCAGUGGAAAACGGACAUCAAGGAAGUGAGCUAGACAACGAAGAAAUAAGGAGGAGUAAGAGAACUCUAGAAUUGUUAAAUACUUUCCGGCACAUUGACCAGUCAGGAGUAAAGUCUUUCAGUUUUCUGGCCCUCUGUAGGAAGAACAACAACAGAGAAGUUGCAACCAAAUUCUACAGCUUACUUGUUCUAAAGAAACAACGAGCUGUUGAAGUGGCUCAGGCUUCUCCCUAUGCGGACAUUACAGUGACGGUGGGUCCAAAGUUCUAUACCCUCUGAGGGCUACAAUGGUCUCCUUUUAACCAUCGGCUAUUCCGAUUGAAAACUGAACUCUGCAUUUUACAAAUGUUGUA